CACACGGCAUUGGACUUAGUUUUCCUUUCGUCGUGGCCGUGGUGCCUUGUGUUAAUGAUAACAUUGCUAAUAUUUAGUUGGAUCAUAAUUGUGUCAUAUUGAAGAUAUUUUUGCUAAAUACACGGCGAUAUUCAAAAUGCCUUUAGUUCAAGGACCACUGACAUGGACGUCCUCCUGUUGGAGACAUUAAAGCCGUUUUCAAUGUCCAUUUGAAAGGAAAAAAGUGUGUGCACAAAAUAUUAUAUAAGAUGGAUUCCACCGACGUCAGAAAAAGAAGCACGGCCAGUAAUGGGAGCAAUUUGGAAAUGGUGGCCGUGGCAAAGAAGGAGGAAGUCAGCAAUGGAGGGCCGAUCCACGAGUCACUGGAAUACGAACCAUCUGGAUGUUUGGAGGUGUUUCUAACAAGAAUAGGCGGUUCCACUGACGAUUUCUUUAAAAGAAAUCGUUCUGCUAUAAAAACAAUUUCUCUGUUUAUCCUCAAUGGACUCGUGAUAGGAUUUUUCUUCGCCAGCUUGUACUACUGGAUCAAUAAUGGUUCACCACAGUUGGAGCUGUGUGACGGUUUCGGGAGCCUCAUCGCUUUUCUGGGCAUCAUAUACUUCUUUCUCAUAUAUUUCCUCAUCGUCAAGAGAUUCUUCGGCGAAUGGUUCGAGAGAGUUGUGUGGACUAAGGUGGAAAAUUUCGCAGAAUCCCUUUGGAAAUUCGUGAUAUUAAGGUUUUUAGUGUGCGCCGGCAUACUAGUUAUGAUCAUCGGUUUUCUGGUGUGGGACACGAGGGACGCUUCGCACAGACUCAUGUCGCUUCUUGGUGUUACUUUCUUAUUGCUAUUCGGGUUCAUGUUCUCGAAGUACCCCGGUCGCGUCCGCUGGCGUACUGUGGGCGUGGGCCUGCUCAUACAGUUCCUGUUCGGGCUGCUCUUCAUCAGGUGGGACACGGGCCGGUACGCGCUGCAGUGCUUCUCUGAGAAGGUGGCGACGUUCCUGUCCUACGGUAUAGAGGGCGCGGCGUUCGUGUUCGGGGACCUGCUAGUGAGGAAUGAAGGUGUCUUCGCUUUUAGUACGCUGCCGAUAAUCUUCUUCUUCAGCAUGCUGGUGGAGGUGCUGUUCUUCUGGGGCGCGCUGCAGUGGUUCGUGCUGACGCUGGGCCGGCUGUUGCAGGCGGCAACCACCACCACCGUGUGCGAGAGCGUCAUCGCUAUCGGAAAUACGUUUCUUGGGAUGACCGAGUCGAUAUUGCUUGUGAAGCCGUACUUGAGUAUCCUGACGCCCUCUGAAUUGCAUUUAAUCAUGUCAUCCGGUUAUGCCACUGUGUCAGGCACAAUACUGGCGGCGUACAUAGGUUUCGGCGCGGAGCCGGCGCACCUGGUGACGGCGAGCGUGAUGUCCGCGCCCGCCGCCAUCGCCUACUCCAAGCUGCUCAUGCCCGAGACCAGGCGCUCGCUCACCAGCGUCGACAACAUACAGGAUAUUGAUAAACAGGACCAGUCAGCGCUGUCUGCGGCGACGCGCGGCGCGACCAACGGCAUCGCGCUGGUCCUCAACAUCGUGGCCAACCUGGUCGCCUUCGUGUCCUUCAUCGCCUUCCUCAAUGGCGUGCUGAGCUACUGCGGCGGCAUGCUGGGCAACCCCGACCUUGACCUUGAGUGGAUAUUGGGCAAGAUAUUUAUCCCCAUGUGCUGGAUGAUGGGUGUGCCGUGGGAGGAGUGCGAGCUGGUGGGAUCUCUGAUCGGGCUGAAGACCGUCAUCAACGAGUUCGUCGCCUACCAGCGCAUGGGCGAGAUGAAGCGAGACGGACUGCUCUCUCCGCGCGCGGAGCUGAUCGCGACGUACUCUCUGUGCGGGUUCACCAACCCGUCGUCCGCCGGCAUCCUCAUCGGCGCCAUCUCCGCCAUGGCGCCCAACCAGCGGGAGACGCUUUCCUCGUUGGCUAUAAGGGCAUUCUUUGCUGGAUGUGGAAUUUGUUUCCUAAACGCGUGCAUAGCAGGAGUCCUUAUGCCAGAGGGAUCUUUCGGAUAAUAACAACUUGUUUUCAAAGCAGUGUGAUAUAUUUUUAAUGUAUAAUAUAAGUAGAAACAAUUACUUAUU